AUGAACUCCAUCGAUCCUGAGUCCCAUCACCAGCACCACCAACACCACCACCAUCACCACACCUCCCCUACCGUCGGCUCUCUACCACCAAAAGGCGCCCAGGAGGCCCCGGACAUGGCAGCUGUCUACUGCGACAACUUCAGCAGCAUGUACCACCAGCAGAGUCUCCAAGGCGCGCAGAGACCAGCCGGUUACGGCCUCGGAGAUUACGCAUCGUCUCCAAACCCGUACCUGUGGCUCAACGGACCGGGCGUAAACUCCUCCGCGUCCUACCUGCACGGCAACAACCCUGCGUCGUUCAUCCCGCCCUCCUACGGCUCGCAGCGGCAGUUCAUAACAAACUCACCUGGUUUCGGCGGGCCCGACCUAGGCUGGCUGUCCAUCGCCAGUCAGGAGGAGCUGCUGAAGCUGGUGCGUCCGCCUUACUCCUACUCUGCCCUCAUCGCCAUGGCCAUCCAGAAUGCGCACGAGAAGAAGCUGACCCUGAGCCAGAUUUACCAGUACGUCGCCGACAACUUCCCCUUUUAUAAGAAGAGCAAAGCCGGCUGGCAGAACUCGAUCAGACACAACCUGUCUCUGAACGACUGCUUCAAGAAAGUGCCGAGGGACGAGGACGAUCCAGGUAAAGGAAACUACUGGACGUUGGACCCAAACUGUGAAAAGAUGUUUGACAAUGGAAACUUUCGCAGGAAAAGGAAAAGACGGUCAGAUCCCAGCAGUGCAGGUGGAGCAGCCGCAGCGGCAACAGGGGCCACGAAAGUUGAGGAUGGCAGGCCUGCGAUGGCUGCCUCGCUGAAGCCCUCAGAGAGCCCUCAGCUCAUGGGGCCGUCGUCCCCGGAGAUGGAGGCGAUGAACGAGAACCAAAAGAGUUCAACGGUGUCCUCUUCACCACCUGGACUGGCCUCAGCCGCUCCGUGUUUUAAUAACUUUUACAGCAGCAUGUCGACGCUCAGCUCGGGGGCCCCCAACCGGCAGGGCUCCCUGGGACUGGUGAACGAGCUGUCGAACAGGAACAUUACGGCCCUGAGCCCGUACCACCCCAACCACGGUGGGCAGGAUACGGGAGCGUCGGAGCACGGUGAGGGCUUGCAUUUCAACCGUGGAAUGUACUACAACACGUUUGGCAGCGGGCAGAGCGGACAGUUCAACAGCCACUUCUACAACAGCUUCAGUGUCAACAGUUUGAUUUAUCCCAGGGAGGGGACCGAGCUAUAG